UUCCAGUUGGCUACGAGGCAGUAAACGAUGGAGGUAGCGGUGUGUUCAUCACACUAGUUGGCUGUUGGAAUUUACGCCUACAGUCGGAAUACUUAAACUUUAGUUUUCUGUAGGCGAGCUUGAAUCCAUGUCGCCUCACAUUCGUGUUUAAAUCUUCGAGAUGGCUUUAACCGGGCCGGUGCUUAUAUAUGUGAUAUAAGUGGGGAGCGGUUAAUUCCGCUUUUCCCAUGUUAUGAUAGCUAGCCCCUUCUAGCUAACGUGCUAACGGUACUGCUCUGCUGCAGAGGAGGCGAUAAUUAGCUAGCAAGCGAGCUAGGGAGGCUUGUCUGCUGGGUUGUUUCCACCACUCUGGUACUUUGUUCCUAUUAACGCGAGCUGAAAAGGUUAGCUGUGGGACAAUGUGUUUGGUACCAAAGUAAUGGAGAUCGGCAUAACGGUGGAUUCUAUGUGCAGAGGAUUAACCAUCUCGCCCCGUGGACCUACGGAAGGAUUUUCGCAUUAAAAUGAUGUGUUCAGUUCGUCAAGAACUCCACCAACGCUACAGACUCGGUUGAAACACAUCUGGAAUGUUCAGACUGGUUAAACCAACCCCUGUGCUUGUGUUAGUGUUAUUCAGUGUGCUUAAGGGAAAUUUGUCCGAGGAUUUAGAAUGGCACACGUGUAACAUUAUCAUUAAAGUGAAUUAGUGUAACAAGAAGAACAAGCCAGGUCGACAUAGGUAAACAAACGAGGACUUCAAGAAACAUGGCUUCGGUUUGGAAGAGACUGCAGCGUGUUGGGAAGCAUGCGUCCAAAUUCCAGUUCGUGGCAUCGUAUCAGGAGCUCAUGGUGGAAUGUACUAAGAAAUGGCAGCCAGAUAAACUGGUGGUUGUGUGGACACGGCGGAGUCGAAGAAAAUCAUCCAAGUCCCACAGUUGGCAGCCGGGCAUCAAGAACCCCUACAGAGGAGUGGUCGUGUGGCCUGUACCAGAAAACAUUGAAAUCACUGUUACUCUGUUUAAGGACCCACAUGCAGAGGAGUUUGAAGACAAAGAAUGGACUUUUGUCAUAGAAAAUGAGUCUCCCUCAGGGCGCAGGAAGGCCCUGGCCACCAGCAGCAUCAAUAUGAAGCAGUACGCCAGCCCCAUGCCCACGCAGACUGACGUCAAGCUCAAGUUCAAGCCCCUCUCCAAGAAGGUGGUGUCGGCCACGCUGCAGUUCUCCCUCUCCUGCAUCUUCCUGCGCGAGGGCAAAGCCACGGAUGAGGACAUGCAGAGCCUAGCCAGCCUGAUGAGCAUGAAGCAGGCGGACAUCGGCAACCUGGACGACUUUGAGGAAGACAACGAUGAGGAAGAGGAGAACAGGGUGAAUCAGGAGGAGAAGGCUGCCAAGAUCACAGACAUAGUUAACCAGUUGAAUGCCCUCAGCUGCUUACACGGCGAUGAUGAUGAUGAAGGUGUCCGUAAGCAAGCAUGCAGAGCACCAGCUAAGCCUGCUGCUUCAUCCUCUCAAGAACUGAUAAGCAAGCUCAACUUCCUGGACGACGAGGAUCAUGACACGCCCCCUGGCUCGGGCAGCAAUCCUUUUGAGGAUCCCGAUGACUACCCCCAGGACCCCGGGGACUCCCUGGAGCCCCCCGACCUCAACCCGUUUGGUGAACCGGAGGACGAAGAAGCCCGGGAGCAGGCGCCCGCCGCCGCCCGCCUCCAGCCCGAGGUCCCCUUCUACGACCACGAGGCCCCCAACCCCUUCGACGUCCCGGAGGACACCGAGGAGCCCGACCCGCACAAGUCCUCGGGGAACCCCUUCGAUGAGCCGGACCCCCCGGACGAUGACACGGCCCACGCCGACCUAGACCCCCCCAGACCCCGGCAGAGGAAGGGGGUCCGCCCCGUGGACAUGAGCAAGUACCUGUACGCCCACACGGCCCGCAUGGAGGAGGAGGAUCUGGACGAGUCUAACCCAUUCUUCGAGCCAAGGGCCUCCAGCCCGGUGCAACAGUCCUCCUCCGGCUCCGCCUCCCUGGACGUGUACAGCAGCCAGAAGAGACGGGCCCCUCUCCCCCCCGGGCCCUGGUGCCGGCCCAGGCCCCAACUCCCUGGAUCUGGGUCGCACUCCCCUAGGCCCAGUACAGGCCCCUCACGGGGGGCCCAGCCGCCCGGGCUUGUGGCCGUGGUGGCAGGGAGGGAGCUGCCCUCCUCCUCUCCCAAGCCCAGUCCCAUCCCCAGCCCGGUGCUGGGGGGAAAGCCCAACGCCAGCCAGUCGCUGCUGGCCUGGUGCCGCCAGGUGACCAAGAACUACCGCGGCGUCAAGAUCACCAACUUCACCACCUCCUGGAGGAACGGCCUGGCCUUCUGCGCCCUGUUGCACCACUUCAGACCGGACCACAUAGACUACAAGUCACUCAAUCCUCAGGAUAUUAAAGAAAACAAUAAAAAGGCGUACGACGGCUUCGCCAACCUGGGCAUCUCCCGCCUGCUGGAGCCCUCCGACAUGGUGCUGCUGGCCAUCCCCGACAAGCUGACGGUGAUGACCUACCUCUACCAGAUCCGCGCCCACUUCUCUGGCGAGGAGCUCAACGUGGUGCAGAUCGAGGCCAACAGCAGCCGCAGCACCUACAAGGUGGGCGACUUUGAGACGGACACCAACGCCUCCAUCGACCAGGACAAGUUCUACGCCGAGCUCAACGACGUGCCGCACGUCCAGGUGGCCGGCGCGCAGCACGCCGGCGCCGCGAGCAACGCCGGCGAUGAGCCUGACGGCGCUCACUCGGCCGUGGCGCCCGAGGAGGCGGGCGCUAGCAAGGACAUGGCGGGAGGGGCUUACUUGCGGCAGGGGGUGUCCGCGCUGUCGCUGCCGCUGCAGGCGACGACGGCACCCGCUGCAGUGUCCAUGCAUCCCGCCCCCGCCCCUCGGAGGUUCCUGGCCGGGGUCCUUGGGUCAGAGGACGGGAAAGUCCUCCCCAAGGCCGGCCCCGUGGACCCGAGGGACGUACCGCCCAAGGUGGAGAGGGAGGCAGAGCGAGCAAGGCCGCACGCAGAGGAGGCGGGUGGAGGAGGAGAGGCAGAGGGGGAAUGUAAAAACUCAGAGUCCUCUGUGAGGAAAGCCACCGCCUCCUCUCCCAGCCAACACAAGCUGGGCUUCUCCUACAACCGGGACGCCGACCUCAUCAAGAAGAAGAGAGCCAGCCUGCGCUCCUCUGAAUCAGAGUCCGCCUCGGACUCAAACACCCCGUCACCAGUCAACUAUACAGACACGUCCCCUAAGCAGGAGUCUCCCGUCUCUCCUGUAGAAAGUCCGCCAGCGGAAAAGAAGGUGCAGUCCAGGCAGGAGGAGCUCAAGGAGAGGGCCAGGCUGCUCCUGGAACAGGCCCGCAGAGACGCUGCCAUGAAGGCCGGCAACAAGAGCCCCGUCGGCCCCUCCCUGCCCACACCCGCCAGGGCCUUCACUGCUGCUGAGGAGCAGGAUGCCGAGCGGAGGAGACAGCUGAGAGAGAGAGCCAGACAGCUGAUAGCGGAGGCCCGCUCCGGAGUCAAGAUGGCGGACAUGAGUGUGCUGGACGCCUCUUCUGCAGGCAGGAACAACAAGGCUGCUGCUGGUACAGACAUGCUGGAUGGUGUCACAGGUGGUGGUGAUGGUGGUGGUGGUGGUGGUGGUGGUGGGAAUGGUGGAGGGGAGAGCGGUGAGGAGGCGGAGAUGAGGGCUGAGCUCCACGCUGAAGCUCCCGAUGAGGAGGAGGAUGAUGAUGACUAUGUUGCCGCAUCAACGUUCAAGCUUAAUACUAACCCAGCACUCACCAAAGCCCCGCUGUCGCCCCCUGCUAGCAGCCAGGGCCUCCCGGGACCCACUAACCCAAGCUCUGAGCUAACAUCCCUGGGGAACAGAGGGCAAGUGGACCUGAAGUUGAAGAAGCUGGUGGAGGUCCGACCAGGAGGGACGGCGGCUUCUGCGUCCUCUCCUUCCUCAUCCUCAUCCUCCUCUUCCCCGGUGGCGUCCUCUCCCUCGCCGCUCAUCCCCAGCGAUGGACUUGAGAAGCCCUCGGAGGAGCGUAUGCGGGCGGAGCGGCUGCGCAAGGCGACAGAGCGUCUGCGAUGCCCCGUGGUUUUCAACAAGGACUCGGCCGUCAGGAAGACACAGCUGCAGUCCUUCAGCCAGUAUGUGGACAACAGACCAGAGGUUAAGAGGCAGAAGUCUGUUCCUGAGGACCUAAUGAGUUCUGGAGACGAGCGAGGAAGUCUCUUGUUGGAGUCGGACCUUCUCAGACCCUUUGAGGAAGAGUCGGAGUUCAGAGACACCAGCCAGUAUGUGGUUGGGGAGCUGUCGGCUCUGGAGAGCGAGCAGCGGCAGAUCGACACGCGGGCUGCGCGCGUGGAGAAGAGGCUGCGCUAUCUCAUGGACACAGGGAACAACAAGGAGGAGGAGGAGGCCAUGAUGCAGGAGUGGUUCAUGCUGGUCAACAAGAAGAACGCCCUCAUCAGACGACAGAACCAGCUCUCCCUGCUGGAGAAGGAGCACGAUCUGGAGCGCCGCUUUGAGCUGCUCAACAGAGAGCUGAGGGCCAUGCUGGCCAUCGAAGACUGGCAGAAGACUGAGGCCCAGAAGAGACGCGAGCAGCUGCUACUGGAUGAACUGGUGAUACUGGUGAACAAGCGAGACGCUCUGGUCAGAGACCUGGAUGCACAGGAGAAACAGGCGGAGGACGACGAGCACCUGGAGAGGAUUCUGGAACAGAACAAAGGCAAGAUGACCAAGAAGGAGGAGAAGUGUGUCCUCCAGUGAUCGACAACGGACAAAUGUAGCCCAUAUGAUAAUGUAUUAUUAUUACUAUUAUGAUGAUUGUGGAUGGAGUGGCUCUCCCAGAGGUUUCUACCCUGUUUCUUCAACCCUGACCUGGUUGUUGUUUUUGGUCUCAAGGCCUUUUGCCCGGUUUAUACUGAACAAAACUCUCCUGAUUAUAUACUGCCUUUUUAUUUGACUGUACUUAUUAUUCUCUUAACCACAAAAGGUACGUGUGUUACGUAAUUGCACACCAGAGGUAAAGCGUAGCAUGGACGGCUCCAAUGAGACUCGACUGACAAAUAUAUGUUGCAUCUUAUAAUGUUUGAACCCAACGCAGAGCUGUGUCAUGGAAAUGCACAUGUGUUUUGAAUCAUUUUUUAAAUGUGUUACCGUUAAAGAGAUGUGUUAUUUCGAGGUACAACAAACGUUUUUUUCUGACAUCUCAGUUGGGGGAAGUGUUAAAAAAACGAAUGUUAUAACAGUAUCUUUAAUUUACAUUCAUUACUUGACUGUGUAACUUUUAAUUACUUCUAUUCACAAAGUUUUUACUUGUUGUAAAAUGUCUUGAAGGGUAACACGUUAUCCUUCAUAAAUCCCAACUUCCCCUUAUUUACUCAAAAGCGUUUACCAACCAAUUUGGAGCUGGAUCCUGGUGAUAGUGGACGGGAGAGCAAUUAUUUUAUCACAGCUUUGGCAAGGAACUUCCAAAAAAAAAUAAAAAAUCUUCUGGAUUCACGCGGCCGAAAGUAGGCUAAAAUAAAAAAUAUUUAUUGCGGUUUUUCGUGAGAGCUGCUUGUAAAGUACCGUUAUAAUCAUGCACACUCAACAUCUUUGUAUUUAUUGUAUAGUGGGGGGAAAACAAUGCUUUCACGUGCGAUAUCUUUUAGUUCCACAUUUGGCUGUCUUCAUUUGUAAACAUGAUCUGUUUAUUUAUUCUGUCAUAACCCAAGUCUUCAAUAAAGAUGCUUUCAUACUCCA